AUGUCUCUUUAUUGUUCUGAUCCAUUUGAUUGUUCAGAUAAUUCGUAACAUGAUGAAAAAAUCCAAUCUAAUUAAAUGGCACUUUACUAAAAUCAUGGGACGAGUCAACAAGUAAAAAUAAAAUCUAGUGAUAACAAAUUUAAAGUAUCCAUUAAAGAUAAAGAACAAGUGGUUUACAGAUAAAAUGAAAGCGAUUAUGACUCUUAAAGAAUUUAGAAUACUUAUAAGGUAUCUUAAACCAAUUAUUAAAACCCAUAUAAUGGAUAAAAUUAAGUUGUGACCAAAUAUAAGGUCACCUAAAAGUCUUAAUUUAACUGAAUCAGAUAAGAAAGUGAUUCUAUAUUUAUUAAUAGAAUAAUUUAAAAUUAUAAAUUAUAUUAAUCCUCCAAAAA